AUGGCAUCCAAUACGCGCGACUCCGCCCUGCCUCCUCCUAGUAACCAACAUCAACAGAGCAGUUUCGCCAACCUCACACAAGACCCCUCCUCACCUCGCUGGAAGACAGGCUUUUCAAUACCAUGGGGCCGUAGAGGACCGUACACCAAAUCUGGCGCUACUGAGAAAGAGAUCCUCGAGGUCAUGAAGGAGGCUAACCGAGAUCGAUCGUCCGUAACCGAUAUUAAAGAAGAGUAUGGUGUACCUGGUGACAGUGUAGAUUAUGAGCCGGUUGAUCUUCACAACCCGCCCAUGGCACCAUUCUGGCGAGGCAGUGUACUCAGUAGUAUGGGACACCAGCAACAGGACUCUGCCAGUUCGAUGCAGCAGUUCUACUAUUCACCGCACAGAAGUAGUUUCCGUGAGGGAUACGAUCGACCGCCGUUGCACUACACCACUGAAAUGUAUUCUGAUCAGCAACUACGAUCGCCCGAAGACCAAGGACGACUCAGCGAUGAACGACCAUUUUUAACUACGGGGAUCUUGACUCACUCUGCCGAUCAUAAAUACAACAUCAACAGUGGCAGCGGCAGCGACAGGAUACCAUUGCACAGAUCGCGAUCAACCGAUCUCGAGGAUGGUCAUUCUGCUGGAGAAAGGCAUCAACAGGACGAACUCCGUGGCCAAAGCCAUGAUCAAGGCUAUGAUUUCAACGGAAUCCCGAUCGUCCACAGGGCAAUCGUAAAGCUCCAGACAAAGCGAAAUUGGCAACAUAAUUAUUCAAGUUCGCUGGCUUUGAAUUCGACCUUUUGUUCUGUUUCCUCCACUAUUUCCUCCACCCCGUCGAUGGCUACCUCUCACUCACGCUCGACGACAACUACGAUGGUGUCCUAUCCUGCGGAUACACAGUCGGCUUCACCUUCGUCUUCAGAGGCGCCGAUACCUUUGAUACCGACUAUACCACUGACCUCCUCACCAUUAACACUCUGCAGUAACCAUAACCAAAAUGUCAUGCAAGUGAGUCGUACGGCAUCGAAGAUGAGCACAGAGAUGAAACUGCAGGCUCGCGAGAGCGCCUCUAUGCCUGCAACCAUAACAUCAAGUCAACAGCAAUACCGUUCGUUCCGUGAUUCCUCGCCUCUCAGAGACCCCAGCAGUGGUGAUGAUGAGAUUUCGAUUAAUAUGGCCAGCAACAGCAGCAGCCCCCAUGGUGGAAGCACGGUAGCUUCCUCGAAUGCAUACUCCUCCUCGGAGAGAUCGUUUUCACAAUCGAGUACUACCCUGGGUGCGCCGACGACACAGGAACGUGAGGCGGCAGAUGAAGAGGAGGGGGGGAGGCUAUGCCUUUCAUGCUCAGUUCCUGAUUGGGAGACCUUCAAGGCUGGGUUGCUUCCGACAUCGAAGCAAGCGCGUGAGACAUUGGUGGCGACUAUCGUGCUUGCGUUGGUGACAAUCACAUUAGAGGCGAUCCUGCUGCAGCGGCACAGGUCCAUGGCGUUUAGCUUGACCCAUCCGAAGGGCGCCAUAGAGAUUUCGUUCUUUCGGCCGUUGAUGGUGUACUAUUUGAUUUUCAUUCUUGCAGAAGUGUUUGCAGUCGGAUUGCUUUGGGACGCCGCGAUCCACAAGAACUCACUUCAGUUGGUGGCGUUCACGCUCUUCGAAUGGUGCAUGGUCUCGUACUCGGGUUUGCAGGUCUGGCAGCAUGACCAACUUAUGAGGGACAUCGGAACCCCAAAUGAAGAACUCGUUAUGCUGGGCGACUCGACCACGCGGAUGAUCUUGUUCUCGCAGCUCGGCGCCCAAGUCGUUGCCUGUCUGGGGAUCACGCUCCUGACCUGGAGAUUGUACUUCGAGUUCGGAUGGCUCGUCUUCCAAAAACUCGGCGCGGAUGUAUCCCUCAGGAAGAUGAUGAAGGAGUACCGUCUGUUGUUCACAUUGUUGAAGCUGGACGCGUUCUUCUUUUUUGGAUACGCGAUCCAAGUCGCUGCGUUGACAGAUAAGCACUGGUCCAAAGGACUGAUCGAGGUCUCGUUUGCAAUCCCGCUCUCGGCGAUUAUCAUCCUCCUUGGAUUCUAUGCUAUGCGUCAUGAGAAUAAAGUGACGAUGGGUGGAUUUAUAGCAUGCCUUACCUUGUUGAUCGGGUACAUGAUUUACAGGCAGAUAGAAUUAUACCAGACCUUGACGGGUAAUCCAGAGACGGAUCCAUAUUUCUUUAGCCGCAAGACCUUGACCGUCUUUGCGGCGUUAACGCUAUUCAUGACGGCUCUGGCCCUGAUCUACGCGAUCGUUAUGCUUUGCAACUUUAACAAAGGGCUCAAGGAAGCUAUAUCGCAUUCGAGGCUCGGGGACCACUCGCUCGACAACGCCCUCUGUGCAGCGCGCGUCCGCAAACGGAAGUACCAUGAUAUUUGGACAAGUCCAAGGCGGCUUGACUAG